ACGGUGAAAAAGCUAUAGCACCAACACCACCGUACCGCGGCGUAGUUGGUUGGAUAAAGCAGCAGCAGCAGCAGCAGCAGCAGUAUAUCGCAUUAUUUCACUUUAUUCUGUGUGCAACACUAUUGGUGUGCGGAAACGACUCCGAGUGUGCUGCACUUGCUUACGUCUUCUGGAAACGCGCUGGCUGUGGCUGGAACGGUGGAAUUUUAUUGCCGGAUGAGGUUGGAGUAAUCGGGGCUGCAGAAACAGAGAAGCCAGCAGAACCGGCUCGGAAGCUCCUUCGUCAUACGCGCGGAGUAUCCCGAGCACGGUGUGGUAUAUUAGCUGCAUAUAUAGACUACAGGAGUGAAGAAGAAGCGAGGUAAAAAAAAGCAACAGCAGCAGUGCGGCCCACAUUCACGACCAUUUCGUCGGUGCCAUCCUGCAGCUCUGUAAAAGCGUGUGUAGCUGCUGCGUAUUGUUGGCGAGCAACUGUAAGGCGGCCGGGUAACACAAUAGUCUUGUAAAGUUUUCCUGGUAAUCGCACAUCCACUUCGCCGGGCAUGUCGUCCGGAGGUGGAAAAAAGAAACUAGUUGCAGCUGCCGCAUCACCACUGUCCGUCUCUAUAGCUGCCAAUCCUGUGCUGCCAUCGCAACCACCAACCGGUGGUAUCAAGCUGCUGAUUGAUAAGAACAGAAUUGUGAGCGUUCCCUCGACAAAAACACAGACCAUAGUAGUGCAAAGGCAGCAGCAGCAGCAGCAGCAGCAGCCGUCAGUGGUUGAUCAGCAUAAUGCAUCCUUAAACCAACCACCAGCCAAUGAAGACAAUUUGAGGAUUGUUAGCUCCAAUGUCGGUAGUACUACAAUUACGCUAAAAGCAGCACCCGGAACACAGAAAAUAUUAUUCAAUAAAUAUACACCAAUAGCUGGCGGCGCUGAGCCUCACGGCAUUAGUGGCGAGAUGCGUGUAAAAGUUACGGGAGAGGAUACGAGCCGCAACGGUCAACCUAUGGCGGCCACCGGCGGACAGUUGAAACAAGUAAAGGUCACCAACAGUUUGCUGGGAAGACGGAUGUCAAUACAUCGGCGGUUGCCGCCAGUUCCUACGACGCAGGAUCCCGAUAGCAAUAAGGGACAGCAAACUGUAACGCUGUACACGACGACCGUCAAAUUAUCGGACGAACCAAGCUUAUCGAAGCCACAAAUAACAGCAAACAAUGUGCUCAAAUCACCGCAACCUGCGCAACCAACGGUUCCAACGACAGCUAUUAUAUCCUGUGUGCCCGCAACAGCCAUUGUUGGCAAUCUUGUACCGAUCAGCAGCAGCAGUACUCAAGUUUGGCCAGCAAGCAUUGCUGUAGAUGUAUCUUCUGCUACGCACCCACGUAUGAAUCAAGGCCAAGGCACUGUGUCUUCCAUAAAUAGUACCGAAAACGGCCAAGAUUGUAGUACAGCGACACCACCAACCGCAUUGGUGAAGGAUCAAACCGACUGCGUGGCUGUGACAUCUAUGCAAACGGCACAAGCAGUCCUCGGUGAUGGUGUAUCUCAGCCAGCGGUUAGCACGGAAACGGUCGAAGAUGCGAACAAUCAAUCGAAGCAGCCCGUGCAAGCAAUUGUGGUGAACGUUGCGAAAGCGCCCGAAGAGUCAUCUUCCACCAGUGUCGAUACAGUAGUGUUGGAUGAAGACGUGGUUUCGAAACCAUCGCGAGAGAUGAAAUCCCUUCAAGUAACGCAGGCAAAGUCGAAAAUUUUGUCCGAGUUUAUCACGGAUACCAUCAGCAAAGGGAAAUUGCGCAAGCGUCGAUCAGAUAGUAUUGUCGAUGCGGCGGGGGUAGUCGGACCCGUACCUUCCGAUACAUCACCAACAAGUGCGGAGUUGGUUGUGCCACCGCGCACCAAACGGAACCGCAGGCGAUCGACGACUCUGCUAAUCGACGCUGUUGCCGGCCAUGGUAAAGAGCUGGCCACCGACGAAAGUCACAAGUUGGAAGAGUUGGCAAACGAACUGCCGGCUACAAGAGUAAGGAAGAUACGCUCCGCCAAAUCGGAGUACGCGCUGGUGAAAGGGGACCGAAACACUGAAACCUUGAGCAGCGGGGCGAAAAAUUUCUUCUCCAACUUGGACCUGCAUCACGAUACCGGCAAAGUCGAUGAUGAAUCGUCGUUCCCCAGAGAUCCUCCCAAACCUGGAUGGGAUCGUUUUUGUUGGCGUUGCAAGCAAUGUGAUCCGGACUUGGGGUGCAAUAGCUGUAUCAGAAGCUAUCACAAAUACUGCGUACGCUACACAACGGAAGAUCCGAAGUGGAGCUGCACGGAGUGUAAAAUGACGUCCAAUGGGACCACGGAUAUCGAAGCGUUUACUACGUGUCUUGGAUAUUUAGUAAAGAUUCUAUUGAUGCAAUCGGAUUGGAGUAAUUUGUUCAAUCCUAUUAACAAAUCGCUUAUGCCCAAUUACGACAAAUAUGUAACACGGCAUAUCGAUCUGGCUGUAAUGAAUGAGCUGCAGCAGCAGAGAGCAUACAAGUCUUCGGAAGAGUUUUUGACUGACGUAGGCUGGAUCGUACACAACAUGUCCAUCUAUCCUGAUAAAACGAAUCUAUUGAAAAAGGCGCGCGCUUUGCAAAAGAGAGCCAAACAAGAGGUGGAGGAAAUGGAACCAUGCUACGAAUGCUAUAUUAAGGCCAACACACUGUGUGAGGACUGGUUCCGAGAGCCGUGUUCGAAACCGCACCUGCUGGUGUGGGCCAAGAUGAAGGGGUAUCCCUACUGGCCUGGUAAACUGUACGUGAUUAAUGCCAACAAUCAAGCAUUCGUACGAUUCUUCGGUGCACACGACCGAUCGUGGAUGUCGGUAAAGGAAUGCUACUUGUUUUCCCAGCGCGAUCCCAAUCCACCGAAGCAAUACCUGAAAUCCAAGCUGGUGCUACUGUACGCCACCAGUGUGGAAGACAUCGCGCAUCACAUUGUCCGGCUGCGCGAGCAAUUCAACACGUUCAACUAUGGCUCGUUCAUGGAGGCGGUGGAUCCGUCGCGCUUUGAAGAGCAACAGCGCGCCAUGUUUCCGGGUGCGUUUCUCAAGAAGGUGAAGGUUACGAUCAAAAGAAGUGAGGGCGAAAUGGUUGCCGUUGCUUCUGCAGCUAACGAGGAAGGGGUACAGGAACCGCUCAAAGCUAAAAACAAUGCAGUAGAAGCGGGAAAGGACGCAACUCCCGUUUGCAAAGUACCCACAAAGAAUGUAACCUCUACGAGCCCUCGAAAACGAAUGACGCGUCGUAUGUCUCGUUUUUUGAAAAUUGCCGACGAGUUAACUAGCAGCCCGCUGACGAAUGCAGAUAGCUCGCAAGACUUGCUGACACCAUCCGUUGCUUCUCUGUUGCCAAUCACCGAUAAAGCUACCGAAAAUAGGCAGAAGUGCGAAGAACCGGACGAGAGCAAGGGAACAAAUGCUGCGGACGAUUCGGAUUGUGAUCCAAAAAAUCUAUCCUUACUGCUUCGACGUGGUUCACAGUCAUGGGAAACGGAGCCGCUAUCCAAGCGCCGUAAGUCUUUGGCUGAGAAAGGCACACUGGUGAGUGUAGCUCCGAAAGCGACAAAAUCAGUUGCUACGAGUUCAAAGGCAAAAGAGACGUGUCACAAGGAGACCGUCGAACUGGUUGUUGACAAGGCAGCUACACCACCAACUGUCCCGAUCGACACAAGUAGUUUAGUGAGUGUAGCUCCCGUUAAAGCGAUCGAGGGAAAAGAAAUGGCGGUACAAAAGCACGCUGUCGUGCCGGUUGCUGAAAAGACAAUCAUACCACCAAAUGUUCAGCCGGAUAAAGCUAUUGCCGUGAGUGUAGCUCCUGCUAAAGCGAAAUCGACAGCUUCAACAGCAAAACAGACGCCACAAGCUAUUAAAGCCAAGGAUGAUGUUGUGCCAGUUGCUGAGAAAGUAGCAUUUAUUUCGUCGAAUGCUGUGAUGGAAAAAAAUGCAACUCCAGCAGCAACGUUAUGCAAAAUUGCAGAUACUGCUGCUACGGUUGGGAUCACUAAUGAUGGUCCGCAUUUGCCAAAACAAGCUACAACCGCCGGAGCACAAGCCACGCAUACUCUUACAACCGUGGCCAAUGCCGCUGCCGUCGUAAGCAUUGCGCCAGUGACGACAACGACCUCAACUAAACCGUGUGUGGUUGAUUCGCUUAAAAAUGUUGCAAGUGUAGAUGUGACUAACAGCUGCACAGCAGCAGCAGCGUCUUCUUCGGAGCAAGCUUCGAAAGAUACCGAUGCUAUAUGCACACUGAGUACAACGGCAACAUCCAUUACAGUGAUGGCUGUCAAGAAGGAAAUAAUUUCCGACGAUGAAGCAAAUACUGUGGAAUGUCCAAAGGAUGUAAUGCCUGUGCCCAUAAAGGAGCUGGCCCAGAACGAUAACUCCGCUUCGUUGACGGCUUCGGUCUCAUCGGUGUCAUCGGUCUCAUCGGCCUCAUCUGCCUCCUCGGUCUCAUCGGAUGUGAUCAAAAGGCAGCACAUAACUGCAUCUGUUAGCUCGGUUAAUGGAGUAAUGCCGGUGCAACAAACAGCACCAGCAGUGUUGCCCGCUAGUAGCACUACCAUCACCAUGGUAACAAGUAAUCAGCGGGCUAGAAAAUCGUUCCCGGGCGGAGCAUCCAACACUAAGCAUGUAUCAACGAGACAAGCUGGAUCGCUGGUGCAUAAUGUUUCGCUUCCGGCAACAAUAACUAUACCUGCAGCAACGCAACAAACUGUAACAAUCGCGCCACAACAAUCAUUAAUCACACCCAUGAAUGCUACCGUGUCGAUUCCGAAGGAGCUUGUUGCUCCUUCUACGAUGGUUUCCUUACUUCCCUGUACAGACGAUCGCAAACAUGUUAGCAACGAUGUUACCAUGACUUCGAUUGCGAACGACAAUGACGAUGUGUUGAUAAUCGAGGAAGAAGUCAUUCCCGCGUCCGUACCAUCGAGAGGAAGGAAAUCCGAUGGAAGCAAUCAGCAGCUGCCUCCGCCACUGGUGCCGAGACCACCAGAAACGUCGAUCUCACCACCCUCCGUCGAUGACGUUAGUACGGUGGAAUUGAAUCGCACCAUGCAAUUAUUUGACGACAGUUCGAACCGGGUUCUCGAUCAUAUCCGUACGGUGAUGGAAGACUUGCUGAAAGACAUGUCCGGAAGCGGAUCAUCGUUGGCGGAGCUGGUGACACUGAAAUUGCACCAAGAACGACAGCAGGAGCUUUGGCAGCGCGAGAAGGAAAAGCAGCAAAGCGCGUUCGACAGUAGAUUGUCCGAGCUGCGCAUUUCUCUCGAGCAGGAAAAGCAGCGGGCCCUGAACGAGCAGCGGCAACAGCUGCUGCGCGAGAAGCAGCGGGCAGUUCAAAGCACCAAACUGAAGCAAUGGUGCAGGAAAUGUUUCAGCGAAGCGCACUACUACUGCUGUUGGAACACGUCGUACUGCAGUGCCGCCUGUCAGAAGAAACAUUGGAUGGAGCAUCAAAACGAUUGUACGCAGGAGCACGCAAACAAUGCCCGUUCCGUCCAGAGCAGUUCCACGGUGACAGCAUCGGUGUUGUCCGCGGACAGCAAUAGCAGCAGCACCAGCAUCACCAACUCCCAUAUGCGUAACCGUUUGCACAUCUCGACUACGGUCCCUUCAGUAGGGGGCGGUGGCGGAGAUGCGAACAGUCUGCUAAAUAAGCGUACGCCGAACAAUAGAGUCUUCCCGGGUGAAAUCACUUCCACCAGCACUCCGCUGCAGACUCCGGUCCGUUUCAUUUCCAGCAGUUUGGCGGGCAAUGUAAGCUACAAAACGCCGAUUAUACAGUCGGUGCAGGGAAGAGAUGGUAUGAUUAUAAACUUACCGUCACACUCGCCCCAGAAUGGGGGCCAUGCUGUCACGUUGGGUGUGAACACGAGCGUGACCACAAAUACGCCCCAGCAACUGAUGCAGAAAAGAGCAGCAGCACGUGACAAAUCGAUGCAACUGAAUCACCAAAAAGCGGACAGCCGUAAUAAGGGAUAUACAUCGCGUAAAACGUAUGACAUUACGACGUCGCCUUACUCGAGCGCCAAUAACCUGCUCACAUCAACAACGUCAGCGAUCGUACCGUCAGCAGCUUCCUCGUACGCCACAGUAACGCUCUCCGAUGCUGUGACCGUGAGUGGUGCGUCGCCUAGCGUUUGGAACCACCAGAUGGCUGUGCUGCAAUCGUCCGGUAGCCGUCAGUUGCAUUCGGGCACACAGUUCGUAACAGUGGGCGGUACUUCCGCCGAUGGGGCAGAGAAAGGAUAUUCGCCGGCUGAACUGGGACUCAGACAAAUCCAUUCAACUGCUGCUGCUGCCUCGCUUGCGCAGCAACAAAAAAUGGUACAUCAGCAACAGUCAUCAGCAUAUAUGCGACACCUCCAAUGACUGUCCCCGGGGAAAAGCAAUAGGGGCGAUAGAGUGCGACCGAGCAGAAGAAGGAUGUAAUUUAGAGAAACAUAUGCAUGGACGAGUUUGUGUGUAAUAAUUAUUUGAUUGCUUUGUAGAACUCAACUAUUCGUACGAUUAAACCUUUUUAUAAACAACUUCAUGGAUACAAAUACUUACGUACUUUGCAAUGCAUGCUGUAGAUAUAGGGAGAACUGCUUAUAAAAGAACCGGUGCGAUGGAAGUAUGCGAUGCUUUGCAUAUGAACACAUUGACCGGUGAAGCAUUGUCGUUUGGUUUAUAGAUGAUAAGUGUGAAUAUCGAUUAUAUGCUUAUUAACUAGAGUACGAAACGGAAAUAUUGUCUCAUAGUUUACCAACUGAACUUUGCUUUAACAUGUACGAUAUUCGCUUUUCUACGGUGUGUAUCAAGUGUAAUGAUGUUUGCUUAACCUUUGGAACAAAAGUUUGAACAUCAUUGGAAUGCUAUAAAACAAACUGUAUAGUUUAAGAAUAUUUGAUUAUUAUCGGCAGUUCAAUUAUAAAUUGUAAGUUGAAGUAACGAUGAUAUCAUCAAUCGCAAUUAAUUGAUAAUGUAAAAAUGAUUACUAAAACAAUUCUCAAUUAUAAAACUACAA